AUGCAAUGCUUCCAUCAUGAGCGUCCAGAUCCAAGCACCGGCCCGUCCUCAUUGGCCGAAGGCAAAGCGUUCGCAGCGGGCGCCCAGCCCGGGGCGUCAGGCACUCCGUCAACAUUAGCCGUAGAAGUCGCUGGCGGCGGCGGCGGCGACGGCGAUGGCGACCAUGUUAUUAGGGACGUCUUUGUCAGAUGUCCACUGAGUGACGCGCGCGUGUCGCUGCUGUUGCAGGCCGUGGGCGCUGGGGGUGGUGGCGGUGCUGGCGGCGUGCAGCAGGCGCCGGGGAGCGCCGCGUGGUUCAUGGCCGCCUCGCACGCCAGCACGGCGCGCGCGCGCAACCUGUCGCGCGUGGCGCUCGUGACGUUCGGGCUGCCGACGGUGGACGUGCGCGGGUCGCCGCUGGGCGCCAGCUGCCCGCUCGAGGUGGACUUCCCGUGCCAGCCACGCAAGUACCGCGCCUUCUCGGGCUACUGCAACAACGUGCAGAGCCCGCACUGGGGCGCGGCCAACACGCGCUACCUGCGCUUCCUGGCGGCCGACUACGGCGACGGCGUCAGCCUGCCGCGCGGGGUGCGCGUGACCGCGGGCGCAGCCGGCGCGCCCGCCCUCGGCGCCGUCGUUCUGCCCUCCGCGCGCGAGGUGUCCCUGACUGUGCAUCGGGAUGCAGACCUCCCGCACCCGCAUCUCAUGGCGCUGGCCGCCGUGUGGGGAGAAUUCAUUUCGCACGAUCUAGCACACUCGCCGCAGAUGACAGGAUUUCAGGGUAAAAGAUUGAAGUGCUGCAGCGUAAAUUUCAGUGACUUUCAUCCAGAGUGUUUCCCUAUUCGCAUACCAGACAGAGACCCUGUGUAUGGGAGGACAGGAGAAAGAUGUCAGGAAUACACUCGCUCUGCCACUGCCCCUCGCACUGGCUGUACUCUCGGCCCAAGGGAACAAAUCAACCAAGUCACAUCUUACUUAGAUGGCUCUGUAAUAUAUGGUAGUUCAAGAGACGAAGGUGAUCAACUUCGGACAUUUCACAAAGGUCAAUUGAAAACUCAAAUCUCAAAAGGAGGAAAGAGUUUGAUGCCCAGUGAAGACAGGAAUUCUGACUGCAGGCAAGACAGCGUAUUCAAGUGCUUCAAGGCAGGAGACAUGCGCGCCAACGAGCAUGUUGGCCUCACAGCAAUGCACACCCUGUGGGUUCGAGAGCACAAUCGCAUAGCCGGAGAGCUGGCCCGCAUGAACUCGCACUGGGGGGAUGAGACGCUCUUCCAAGAGGCGAGGCGCGUCGUGGCCGCAGAGAUGCAGCACAUCACCUACACGGAGUAUCUGCCUGUUGUGCUGGGAGAAAAUAUAAUGGAUAAAUAUGGACUGCGGCCCCUCUCCUCGGGGCAUUUCACUGGCUACGACAUAAAUCUUAACGCAGGGAUUGCAAAUAGCGUGGCCGCUGCUGCUUUGUGGUUUGUGGCUUCCUUGGUGCCAAAGAAUCUCGGAGUCUUUGAUCAGACCGGGAGGCAGAUCGGCGAGAAGCCAAUCGCCGCCUCCUUCUACGCGCCCUUCCAGCUGUACGAGGCCGGGGGCUUAGACGGCGUCUUGCAGAGCUUGCUCCACGGCGCGGCGCAGCGGGAGGACCAGUUCAUCAACGAAGUGAUGACGAAUCACAUGUUCCAAGACCCAAAGAAAGGAAGUGGUCUGGACCUAGCUGCCCAAUUAAUUCAACAUGGCCGUGAUCAUGGAUUGCCAGGGUACACAAAGUGGAGACAGUUUUGUGACUUACCCCCAGUCAAUAAUUUCCAAGAUCUUACCAAUGUCAUGUCUACAGAUGUCGUAAUCCAGAUGAGUAAGGUGUACAAGGAUGUAUCAGAUAUUGAUUUAUUUACUGGAGCCCUGGGAGAAACUCCACUUGAAGGGGCAGUAGUUGGACCUACUUUUGCCUGUUUAUUGGGUCGUCAAUUCCAUUAUCUUCGAAGAGGAGACAGAUAUUGGUAUGAAAAUGAUCUGCCACCAUCGUCCUUCACAAAAGAGAGAAACGCAGAUCCUCUUUCGCCGGUGGGCACAGCUUUUGGUUUCAAUAGGCCAAAGCGACAAGCUGUUGAAAUAGCCAACACGUCUUUGAUCUUGGAAUUUGCAUCUGCAAGAUUUGUAAAUAGCUUCCUACAAAGCCAUCUUCAAGAUCAAGAGUCAGGUAGGAGUAUAGUAACUCCCCGAGAUGUACGUGAGCUCAUGGCAGUGUUACCUAAUGUGGAUUUGUCAGACACUUUGGAGAUUCCUCGAAUGUUUCGUUGUGACGAACAAACUCUACCUUGUGACCACACCAGCAAAUAUCGCAGUACUACUGGUUGGUGUAAUAACCUACAGAGGCCAGAAAUAGGCAAAUCAUUACGAGCAUUUAACAGGCUCUUGCCCCCUGCAUACCAUGAUGGAAUUGGCAGUCCCAGAGCAAUGUCAGUGACUGGAAAACCUCUACCAAGCCCUCGAUUAAUUUCUGUAAAUGUGCAUCCAGACACCAGCCGUCCACAUGUUCGAUAUUCACUAAUGUUUAUGCAGUUUGGUCAAUUGUUGGAUCAUGAUCUCACACAUACACCAGUUAAUAAAGGAUUUGUUGGUGAAGCAAUUUUGGAUUGUCAGCCCUGUGAUGCUAUGAAAUCUGUGCAUCCAGAAUGUUUCCCUAUUCCAGUUCCUGAAGGAGAUCCUUACUUUCCUAAAGUUAAUAUUUCAACUGGAAGACCUAUGUGUAUCCCUGUGACCCGAUCAAUGCCAGGACAACUAACAUUGGGAUACAGAGAACAGUUGAACCAGGUGACAGCAUAUGUAGAUGCAUCGUUUGUUUACGGGUCUGAUGUAUGUGAUGCAAAUACCCUUCGUCUUUUGGUUGGUGGGAAACUCAACGUCACUAGACAUCCAACAAGAGGAAAACCAUUACUUCCACAAAUUACAACUCAUCCUGAAUGUAAAUCAAGAACAAAAGUGUGUUUCCGAGCAGGGGAUGCCAGAGCAAGUGAGCAGCCAGCAUUAACAGCCAUUCACACGGUUUUCCUCAGAGAGCAUAAUAGAAUGGUGGAAGAACUUGCUUCAAUGAAUUCACACUGGGGAGAUGAAACUUUAUACCAAACAGCAAGACGUAUUUUGUCUGCUAUUACCCAACACAUCACAUACAGAGAAUUCAUCCCACGGCUUUUUGGAUGGGAAGGAUCUCAUAAACAUGGAUUGAUGUUGGAAUCUGAAGGAUACUUCAAAGGUUACGAUGCAACAUGUGAUCCCACAAUAGCAAAUGAAUUUGCUGCUGCUGCAUUUAGAUUUGGUCACAGUCUCUUAAAACCAACUUUAUUGCGUAUGGACACUGCUUAUAGUGAACAGCAACCUGGAGUGAGACUCCGAGAUACUUUCUUCAAUCCUGAUGUUCUUUAUCAAGCUGGAAUGAUUGAUGAACUUAUUCGAGGAUUAGCAGGUACACCCAUGGAAACUUUGGAUCAAUUUAUUACUGAAGAAGUAACAAAUCACCUGUUUGAAGAUAGGCGAAUGCCUUAUUCAGGCAUGGACCUGGCAGCUAUCAAUAUACAGAGAGGUCGAGAUCACGGAAUACCUGGAUACAAUCAGUACAGAAAAUUUUGUAAUCUCACAUUAGCACGUGAUUUUGAUGAUUUGAAAAGAGAAAUACCAUCUCCAGUAGUCGAGAGACUGAGACGAUUGUACUUACAUGUAGAUGACAUAGAUCUCUUCCCAGGAGGAUUAGCUGAAACACCUCUAAUGGGUGGCGUGGUGGGACCCACAUUCGCAUGCAUUAUAGGACACCAGUUCAGGUAUGAAAAUGAUGAUCCUCUAGUCAGAUUUACAGAAGCUCAGUUGGCUGAGAUUCGAAAAAUUACCCUCUCAAGGCUUGUGUGCGACAAUUUGGAUCGUGUGGAUACCAUUCAGAGGUCACUGCUGGAUUUGCCAGAUCCAUUUUUAAAUCCACGAGUGCCUUGCAAAUCUAUCCCUUCCUUGGAUCUAAGUUUAUGGAAGGAAAGACAAUCUUGUACAGUUGGUCAUGUUGUCAUUGAUGUGGGUUCUGCAGAAAGGAUAUCUCCAUGUGUAAUGUGCACCUGCACAACAGAAGGGCCAAUUUGUCAAUCAUUGAAAAUUGGGAACUGUUUCACUUUGGCACAAACAUUCACUCCCACAGCAGUACUCAACGACCAUGUCUGCAAAGUCCAAUGUGCAUUUGUUUUCCGUGCCUUACCACAUAUAACAGAUACCUUUAACAAUCAGCUGGGUUUCAGCUAGCUUUAAAAUAACUCAAUGUAACAAACCGAUACAAACUGUAGCGGAUGAAUUAUACCUUGGCAAAGUGCUAUGGGUAGGACAGCAUGACACAUAUUGUGUUAUUUGAAGACGCAUGCAGUGAAGUGUGUAUUUAUUUUAAAAUUUUUUAUGAGUAAGUAGUGUCUAACAAACACUGGCCAUUGUGAAAUGCCCGAUGCUGAGCUUCACAAGCAAAAAUCAAAAAUAUUUACUUAAAACUAUUUUAUUAUCAAAUACAAAAUAUGAUUCAUCAGUAACAAAAUUCAACAAAAUCUUAAAAACGAGUAUCUUUAAGCACAUCCAAAAAUAGUGUACAAUAACAAAUAUAUAGUAUAAUACAACUUCACAUUCAAUGUAAAUUAACAACCGUGUAUAAAAUACUACACCCAGAAUCUCUGGGCAUUAAUAUGUGCCACAGAGAGCAAACCAUGUACAUUAUGUAGAAUCAGCAUGAAGUAUAGAUAUAGUGACAACAAUUGUAAAUAAGAAAUGUCUUUAUAAUCAGUUUUGUAGGCAUCUGUAUUCUCAAAGAGCAGUGAUCUACUAAAACGUGUAUUGUUUGCCACAGUGUGGCUGAAAUAUAUACCAAAAAAAAAAAAAGUGAAAUA